UCUAAUCCCACCGCUGCUCCAACGCGUACAACAUGGCGGCCCAUAGCUCCAAGAAACGGUCUUGCUAGGGUUAGACAAUCCGUCGCACAGCAUGGUGCCAUUGGUGGGGCUAGGCGGCCCACAUCUAUCAUGUAUCGUUAGGUUGACUUUGAAUAGUUAAUACGCAACUUCUUCGCAAUAUAACUGCAUAAGCUGCAAUCUUGCAGAGUGUCUGAGUGGUUUUCUCGAAAUCGCCAUCCUAUUCCUAAUUCACGUCUCACUGUUUUCCAGUGCUGUGUGGUAUUUGUGUGCGUCGUGUAGUGGGAUGGUCGUAACGAGCCUUCCGUCAUCCUAUACCGGUAUACGCACGAACACAGGCGCGACUUGGCAACCGCAAUUCUCGUAAAUAGUUGUUGCCAACAACAUGUUCUGCUUGAAACAGACUCCGCUCUGGCGUGCAUGCGUCAGAGUUCCCUUGUGUCGCACGCUCGGUGGCGUGAACAUGUCCUUAACGCGUAAAUAUCACAGCCUGGCCGUCUGCUUCCCCGAUCGUACACAGCAGCAUGACUGCGUCGGUGCUCAGUGGUCAAGGAUCGCUUGCCCCGGUUCGCACUGCCACCGGAGCGGCGUUGACCGACAUAGGCGGGCGACGCCGAUGCUAGUGCAGGUCUCACAGAACUCUACAAGUAACGCGAGAAAGGUGCGAUUGUCGGCGCAGGCGAUGGUGGAUGCUGCUCCGUCGGCGUGGCAACCAUACCUGCGCUUGAUACGAUUGCAUUCGCCGACAGGUACGUGGCUGCUGUACUGGCCGUGUGCGUGGAGCAUUGCCCUGGCUGCGGCUCCGGGACAGUUGCCCGAUCUCUACCUCCUCGUCCUGUUCGGAGCCGGAUCUCUCAUCAUGCGCGGGGCCGGCUGCAUCGUGAACGAUAUGUGGGACCAGGACAUUGACCGGAAGGUUGCACGCACAAAGGGGCGCCCUCUGGCGUCAGGAGAGCUGACGAACGUACAGGCACUCGCAUUCCUUGGUCUGAACCUGACAGCUGCUCUAGCCAUUCUUCUACAGCUUAACAACUAUAGGUCUCUCCCUGAACUGGGGCGUUCUUAUCAGCUGGGCAGCUGUGCACGGCUCGCUAAAUACGGUGACGCCUACCCUCAUCUACUUGUCGUGCAUUUCUUGGACAAUUAUAUACGACACUAUAUAUUCGCAUCAGGGCUGACAUUUAACUUCGGUUCGCUGCUGGGCUGGGUAGCUGUGACGGGGUGUCCAAGCUUCGGCGUUGUCCUGCCCCUCUACGCUGGCUGCUUUGCGUGGACAAUGAUCUAUGACACAAUCUACGCCCACCAGGUGUGGUGGCUGGACAUCAACGAUGUUGACAGCUGCUGGGAAAGCUUCCGUUCCAACAUACGCCUCGGCCUCAUCCUCUUCGCUGGCAUCGUCGCCGGCAACCUGCUGAAGCCUGAGACAGCAGACGACGAGACAGACGCGGGUUCCGAGGCACCGAGAGGCGAGACAGAUACGGGUUCUGAGGCACCGAGCGAUGAGAGCUGAGACACGAGCUGCGGGGCGAGACUGUGAGGGCAGGUUCUGCUGUGUGGUGGGUGGUGGUGCCAUCUAUUGGAGCAUGUGGCAGUUGUUCUGUGUGGCGGUGCACUCGAGCCAUCGCAGUAGAAGACGAAUGACACGUGACUGUUGUGUAAAUAUUGUUCUCGGUGAAUGGUGCGAUGCGUGACAAUGCAAGUUUCAUAUGCAUCUCAUCAGAUUCCGUCUCACGUGCCUCUAGUGUGGUUGCCGGUAGCAACUGGUGUUAUUAUCGAUAGCAAUACGGUGGUGAUGCUGCACUCUCGUAGAGGCAGUGUAAAUUUUAUAGUAAUCAAUGUAUGAUCUGUAUAGUGCACUAAAUUGUGUAAUUUUGCUCAACCGCCAGUUCAUCAAUCAGUCAAUAAAUACUAUGUGCAUUUUAAAAUUAAAA